CGCCGCCCGGGCUCAGUCCGGAGGCGGCUUCGGCUGGCCCGCAGGUUCCCGCGAGGCGGCCUUCGGUAGCGCCAGGGCCGCCAUGAGCGCCCCCGAUGCGGCGAGGCUGCUGGCCGCCGCCGACUUCGCCGCCCGCAAGCACGCCUCGCAACGCCGCAAAGACCCGGAGCGCACGCCGUACAUCAACCACCCCAUUGGUGUAGCUCAGAUAUUGGCGCAGGAAGCUGGAAUAACGGACAUUGCAGUACUACAGGCUGCCCUCUUGCACGACACAGUCGAAGACACAGACGCCACUUUCUCAGAGAUUGAGGAGAGCUUUGGGGAGGAGGUACGGCGCAUUGUGGAAGAAGUGACAGACGAUAAGACGUUGCCGAAGAUGGAGCGCAAGCGCCUGCAAAUUGAGCAUGCUGUGCACAGCAGCCAAGCCGCCAGGCUGGUGAAACUGGCUGACAAGCUCUAUAACCUACGAGACCUGAACCGCUGCACCCCCCAAGGUUGGUCUGAAGAGCGGGUCCAGGAGUACUUCCUUUGGGCCUCGAAGGUGGUGAGGGUCUUACAUGGGACAAGCCCGGUGCUGGAGGAGAAGCUGUGGCUGCUGUUUAAAGCAAGAGGGCUACCCGAGUGAACUGCGGGACACAGACCUUGCUAAGGUGCUGGAUCUAAAAUGAAGAGAUGUGUGGUCAUUCGAUUCCAGUUCCACUUACUGUUCCCAAGUCUCAAGAGUUCUGGUCCUGCCCACUCCAUCCAGUGCCAAGUGUUCAGGUACUCAGAACGUGUUCUAGAAACAAGGCCACCUCUCAGAGGACUUGUCCAUCCUUGGGAACAGGCUACUAAAACUUCUAAAGUUGAGCAGAAGAGGAAGAAUUGAUCAGAGAGAAGGCAGAAACCCUUCUCAGCUCAUAAACUACAUCUGCGGAGUCCAAGAAGUGCAGCAGGGUGUCCUAGUUCUUAGGAUUUGUUUUUAGUUUGGUGGAUACUGAAAGCAUGCCUGUUGAUAGUGGCCCUCAAUAAAGCCCAGAGCAAAGUGUGA